UGUUCCUAUCGUAGAUGCAUAAAAGUUACGCUAUAUGUUUGUAAGCCCGCAAUCUCCGAUGGGAGCAUUCAAUCAUCAACAAACCAUAGGCUUUACUAGUUUUCAACAAAAUGAAGUCAAAGGAGCUGGAUGGUGCGCCGCGAGUGAUUGCACCUCGGUUACUACUGAGCUGCAGAUUGACAAUCAGCCUUGCUUGCUUAUUUACUUCUUUUGCCGCCAUCGUAAUGACGAUCAACCUAUCCAUGGCGAUUGUGUGCAUGAACAAGCGCUCAAAACAGCUGGAUAGAACGGACGGAAUAAACAGCACCAAUUCAAGUUCAGGAUACUUUGAAUCAAACAGCACUUGUAGCGAAGACCUCAACACGGUACAAGAAAAAGAAAUGUAUUUAGACAAGCCAGCUCAGGGAAUGCUACUGGGAGCUCUUUAUUACGGAGUGGUCGCCGUGCAACUUUUGGUUGGUUGGCUAUGUGACAAAUUUGGCAAGUACAAACUUCAAAUGGCUCUCGGUUCCAGCGUUCUAGCAAUUGCAUCCUUCGCCUCUCCAGUAAUUCUAGAAUCUGCUGGCGUCCCCUACUACUUUGCCCUCCGUAUCGUGAAGGGUGUUGGCAUGAGCUUCGCCAUUUCUUCAAUGUUACCUAUGCUAACUCGCUGGACUACUAAUCAAGAGCAAGGUCUGUUGGUGGGCAUUGCUUCUGCUGGUAUAGGCCUAGCCAAUUCAGUUACCUAUCCGAUUUCUGGACUGCUGUGUCAGCACGGAGGUUGGAAAGCGAUCUUCUACUUUGGUGGAGCGUGUGGUACGGUGGCAACGCUCUUCAUUGUAUGCUUAGUGUAUGACGGCCCAGCAAAACAUCCCCGAGUGGAUGCAGAGGAGAAGCAAUAUCUUCUUUCUUUUCAACUUCAGAGUGAAAUUUCAACGAAGCGACGAAUAAUCCCGUGGGCGAAAAUGCUUCGUUCCAUACCCGUUUGGUCUGUUGUCGUCACAAAUUUUUUCUUCUUCGCGGUGGUAAAGGGAAUAGUACUCAACCUGCCAAUCUUUGUCCGUGAUGUCCUGGACUUCACAGUUACUGAGAAUGGAAUUUUUUCUGCAAUGCCAUUAAUUGCAGCUCUUUUGCUCCACUUACUCGUUGGCCCAAUUUUUGAUUACGUACGUACCCACAACAAGUACACCCCUACUACUGUACGGAAAAUCUUCCAUAUCGUAGGUACGCUUAUUCCUGGGGCUUUGAUGUUCGUCUCUAGCCAGCUUUCAUCUGAGUACAAAUAUUUCAUCAUAUCGUUGAUAACGAUCAGUUAUUCUCUUACUGAGUUUGCCGUGAUGGGAGGCUUUGGUUACGCUAUGAUUGAUCUUGCCCCUGACUACCUCGGUAUUCUACAAGGGAUCAAUAAAACUAUUAGUUUGGCUCCAGGAUUUAUUACGCCGCUUAUCGUAUCGGCCCUGACACCAGACGGGUCGAGCGAGGAAUGGCAACAUGUUUUCAUUCUUUUUGGUGCGUUAUACGUUCUAUCAUGCUUAGUGUUUGUUACCUGUGGAAGCGCACAACAACAAAGCUGGGGAAAAGCAAUCAAGAAUGACACAGUCAGUGGCCUCAAUGAUUCAAGCAAAUCGUGCAAUAAUUUUGCAUAGAAAGAUCACAGGAAGUUUCCUUCCAGAUAUUUUUGCCUUAUCCAUAUGAAUUAU